AGCUGCUCCUCAGUGAAAAUAACAUAAUAAUUGAAUUUCUAUUGAUUCUCCAGUGAAGUGAUUUGCGCCAGGAAUAGAUUUAAUCGUUUAUUUCUGAGCAAAAGGAUUGCAGCUGCACAUUGGCCACAAAUAGGAUAGCAUAUAUAAAUCUUUGAUUAAAAUAAGGAGUGUUCCGUGCUGUGCGCCCUCUCAAAUACGAGGAGGAUCACAAGACGUGACCAUGACACAAUUGUCGACGAUGACGAUGGUGGCAGGAACAACCGCCGAUGGACACUUUGAAAGUGGAUUAGCUAAUGCUCACAAGAGAAGUGCUAACAAAUUUUAUGCAACAGUGAAUGACAGUGAUGACACGUUCAAUAAUAAUAAUAAUAACGAGGGCAAGAGCCAAUUGAAUAGCAUAAGUGACCAAAGUGAAUAUGACCCGAAGGAUAAGGAAGUCGCGGAGGAGGAGGAGGAGUACGAGUAUCUCGGGAUUAAAUUCAAGCAGCCGCUGAAGGUGAUUAACGCCGUGUCCAUCAUUGGAUUCCACCUCGUGUCGCUCUAUGCAUUCCUAGUGAAUUUCCGCUCGCCGCACUUCUUCACCGUGGCUUGGGCCUUUAUCGUGGGUGGAAUUGGCGGAUUCGGCGUGACUGCAGGUGCGCACAGACACUGGAGUCAUAAGGCGUACAAGGCGAAGACACCACUCCGGGUUAUCUUGGCUCUCUGCUUCUCAGUUGCCGGGCAGAAUACCAUUUUCGAUUGGACGCGCGACCACCGGGUCCACCAUAAAUUCUCCGAGACGGACGCCGAUCCGCACAACUCCAAUCGGGGCUUCUUCUUUGCCCACGUCGGCUGGCUCAUGAUGAAGAAACAUCCCGAUGUCAUCCGAAAGGGCAACCAGGUGGACAUGAGUGACAUUCUCGCCGAUCCCGUGGUGCAGUGGCAUCAGAAAUACUUUGUGCCACUGAAGUUGCUUCUCUGCUUCGUGCUUCCAACCAUUACACCUGUCUACAUGUGGAACGAGGAGUGGAUAAUCUCCAUCUUCACUCUCUCCUUCAUCCGAUACGUCUUCGCUCUGAACUUCACAUGGCUGGUCAACAGUGCCGCUCACAUGUGGGGAAACAAGCCAUACGACAGGAAAAUCAAUCCAUCGGAAAAUCUCACCGUGUCCCUCGUGUCUAUGGGCGAGGGAUGGCACAACUAUCACCAUACGUUCCCUUGGGACUACAAGGCGGCUGAAUUCGGUGAUUUCAGAUACAACAUUACAACGUCGAUCCUCAGACUCUUCGCCAAGAUCGGCUGGGCGUACGAUCUGAAGGAGCCUUCGCAGGAGCUCAUUCGCAAGACCAUCGCGCGCAAUGGCGAUGGAUCUCACCACGAGCACGGCCACCGGAGCAUGCCGGAUGAGAUUCCCAUGGAGGCGGACGAGAACUCGAAUUUAGUAGAAUAGGGAAUUUUGAAAUGCCUUGAAGAGUAAUCAAAGCAGGAAUCCAGAUAAUCCCACAAUCCGAGAAUACAAGUGAAAGUCUAAGCUUUCGGCUAAUCUAUUUAAUUUAAGGGAUUUGUAUAUUUAUAUAGAUUUUACAAAGCAGAUUCUUUUACAACUGAGUUUACGUACAUUGAGCUAGUGAAUAUAUUCAUGUAGAACUUUUUACAAACACGGAUUUCAAGUGGCUGUGUUAUGCCUUCAUUUGAGUGUUUCGCAUUAGUGAAAUGCAAUUUCUGGUACGUUUUUUUAUACUGUAAAAGUCAUUGGUAUUUUACACGAGGUGUAUAUUAUUGUAAUAUGAAUUGGAGACUAAAUAAAGACAAAUGAGCAAAAUAUAAUAAGAAAUCAUGUUUAUAUGACGUUGCUAUUCCUCGAAAAAUUUUAUAGGUCAAAUUAAAAAGCGCUACGACAAAUUUUCUCAAGUGUACUUCACCCAAUAAAACGUAAUGCAUUGCAUUUUUCAAUUGGGUUAUUAGCGUCACAAAGGCUUGGAGUGCAAUUGUGGAAUUUCUCGCGACAUGUAAAGAAUAAGACAUUAUGAAAAGGGCAUCAAUUUCGAGUUCUCAGUGCUGAGUCAUCGGCAGAAAUAUUCUAAACUGUAUAAAAUUAAUUUGCCAAAAUUGUGAAGAUUUUAGAUAGUGAGAUAUUCGAGGAUUUCCUCAUUUUUCCAUCGUUUCCCGGGUGAACCGAAGUUCAACAUCAUGCUUACGUAGAAUAUUUCUUUACUUGAUUAAGAAACUGAGAAUUGCUUCAAUCGAUCAAAUGGAAAAAUUUCAGAUUAUAUGGAGAAU